AAAGGUGUGCAAACAACACCCCUAUUCUUUUCAAUUUGUGCGAAAACACCCCUCAAUUAAUAUGAUACCCAUUUUACCCUUUUACUCUUCCAAAAAUACCCCUACCAAACCUCCUCCUCCUUCUUCUUGUGUGUGUUUUCUCUUGCUUCCGCUCACUCCCCUUCACUACCUUCAUCUUUCUCUCUCGUACAGAUGACCCGGUUCCCAAAUGUGGUUGCCUUCGUCGCCGAAACCUCCGGCUGGGCUCAAGAUGACAAAACAGCAGUCAUUGAAGAAGAAGCAGAGGUCAGCUGGGAAAACAGUGAUGUGGGUGAGAGUGGCGAUUGGGAAAGGCGGAAGCGAAGAUGAAGCAGGGGCGGUGGUGGAGGCGGUUGGGGACGCCACAGAGAGCGGCGGAGAAGAAGAGUUUGUGGAGCCACCUAAAGAGGUAAGGUCUUUGUUGGGAACUUGCCAUAUGAUGUUGAUGGUGAGAAAUUGGCUGAGAUUUUCAAUCAGGUGGGUGUUGUUGAGAUUGCAGAGGUUAUUUACAAUAGGGAAACUGAUCGGAGUUGUGGGUUUGCAUUCGUGACUAUGAAUACUGUUGAAUAAGCUGUGGAUAUGUUCCACCGUUUUGUAAGUUUUUUUUUUUUUUUUUUUUCCCACUUACCAUUAUAUAUGCAUAGAUAUACACUUUAUUGUGAGAAGGUUAGUUGA